CCUAUAUACAUACCUACUCUGUAUCAUGUAUAUAAAUGAAUCUUAGAUUACGGAAAAUAUUUUAGUGCGGCCAUUGUUCUAAAUCAAACAUGAGGACAUACAUUUUAAUAGCAAUGGCUUUAAUUGCCCUUGCAGAAUUAGUUAAUGCAGAUGUUUACUUUAGUGCAGCAGUUGUUCUAAAUCAAACAUGAGAACGUACAUUUUAAUAGCAGCAGUUUUAAUUGCCUUAGCAGGAUUAGUUCAUUCAGAUGAUAACGCGGCUACUACUUCAGCUAAGAAAAGGCAAGAUGACGUGACUGCUACCUCAGCUAAGAAAAGGCAAGAUGACGCGACUGCUGUAUCAGCUAAAAAGAGGCAAAGUGACGUUGCUGAUGCCUCAGCUAAAAAGAGGCAAAGUGACGCGCCUGAUGCCUCAGCUAAGAAAAGGCAAGAUGACGUGACUUCUACAGCAGCUAAAAAGAGGCAAAGUGACGCGCCUGAUGCCUCAGCUAAGAAAAGGCAAGAUGACGUGACUUCUACAGCAGCUAAAAAGAGGCAAAGUGACGCGCCUGAUGCCUCAGCUAAGAAAAGGCAAGAUGACGUGACUUCUACAGCAGCUAAAAAGAGGCAAAGUGACGCGCCUGAUGCCUCAGCUAAGAAAAGGCAAGAUGACGUGACUUCUACAGCAGCUAAAAAGAGGCAAAGUGACGCGCCUGAUGCCUCAGCUAAGAAAAGGCAAGAUGACGUAACUGCUACAUCAGCUAAGAAAAGGCAAGAUGACGUGACUGCUACAUCAGCUAAAAGGAGGCAUGCUGACGUUUCCUACUGACCGAACUCCAUUUUAAGCUGGAAGUGCAAAAACGAUCAAGAAAAGCAAGCCAUACAGCCAGCUGAUGUUUAACAGACUGGAGUCCACAUAAGCGUAUCAAAAAGCAAUAAAAGGGGACAUUAAAAUUUUUGUUUUUUAUUUCGUAAAAGUAGAGAGUAUUAAUAAAACUUUAAUAAUUUUAG